UUUUUUUUAUCAGUAUAUCACCUCAAUGCUAUUACUCUAACUGACAGUGUUAGUUUGCCUGUAGUUACAUACAUAGUGCCGCAUUCACGAGUGUCAUGUUUAGUAUAUGUAGUCGGGAUCACGUACAGUACACUGUAACGGUAACUACCUCACUCUGACCCUUUCAGCUGUAUAGCUGGGCAAAGGCGAGUCUUAUCGGGCACUUCCCCCACAACAGCUAAACACGCUCACAAGCCGACACAGUUACAACUGGGAACAAAGCUAUCGAGAUGGGAGACACGGGCUGUGGACAAGAUAUGUACUAUGAUAAACCUACCAGGAGCUGUACCGAUUGUUCGGUUCUCUGUGACAAUAUGGAUAUUCAGGCAACUCGAGACCAGUGCAUGAAGUACUGCUUUGACUACAUGCAGACUACCUCAACCACGACAGUUGAGACAUCGACACAUCCAGUGAUGAAAGCCCAAGCGCCAGUGUUGCUGUUGCUGUUCCUGUUGCUGUUUCUGAUCACCUUCCUGAUCUUGGGUAGCCUCAUCUUCUACCACAGGAAAAAGUUGGUAGACAGGCUGAAGAGACAGGACUGCUGCAGAGGCGGAUCCCAGCAUCAUGCGCAGGAAUCUGGGCGAGAGAUGGACCAUUUCCGGUAUGCACAGGAAACCAGACAGGACUCCGCCAAACCCGAAGCUCACAGUCUACUUCCAAGCGGACACCAAGCUUUCCCAGAGAUGCCACAACCAAAGUGAGGUCGAACGAUUUGCGGUGUUGCCCAAACAACGACAGUGAUUCUCUGCUCAUUUUACCAUGGGACCAUGGCCCAUCAACGACUGAUGCGGCGUAUCCUACAUCAUCACAGCUAACACCUCAUGACAGCUAAACAUUGCCCUUACAGUACUGCAGGUAUACUGUAACUGGUUCUGAUACACUUUUCCACCUCGAGUGAUAGGACAUGUGCCUUUUAUAACCUGAUUGUGAGUCCUCGUGAACACGAGUGUUGUUGGUAGACUUGUAAUCUAUCACGCUAAAACGUGGUGGAUCAACAUGAAGAAGCAGCAUCACAGCUUUAAGACACAGUGGAUGCUAUUAAAUAUGAUCUAUUGAGUUGAUGCUGGACAUCGAUUCAGAAUUCAUUGUGAGAGGCAUUGCCAGGACCGAUGUCUCCAUGUGAUGCUCUCUGUACGUCAGUCUUGUACAAGGGUAUACGUUUUACGUUUUGUAUCGCUUCUUGCAGCUGCUGCAAAAAAUCAAUGACGGCGCAUAGAGAGGACAUUGAAGAAGUGUUUUUAACAUUUUGUGCUUAAGAACGAUAUUUUGUAUAAGCGAGUUCAAGUGGUUAUUAUGUGUGUGCUGCUUUUAACGACUUUGUGUCACAAAAGUGUCACUGAACUCAAUAACUGCCUGACAAGGCCACCCACAUGUCACCUGGACAGUUUACUCAUGCUGAUAAAUGUAUGGCCACUGAAUACACAGGGUGCGCGACUGGUCGCGUUCAGCUUGUGUUUCAGUUUGUCUUUUUCCAUAACUGCCGAAGUUGACUGACGAAGGUUAACUUUCUUGAUGUGUUCUAUCGUGCCGGUGCCGUGACUGUGUGUUUUUACCUUGUCGUCACCCAGGCCACGAGGGUUCGCCACAGACGUCAUGAUCAGUGUGGACGACCGAAUCCACCAUAUCCCUACAUCUAACUGAGUGUCAAGGAUAUGAUUUAGCUUCAGUUACAAGCUACAUCAAAACCACAACUACGUUUGAUAGAAUGUAAUCAUUUGAUGUUAUCUAUUUUUAUAUAUUUCAUUGCAUAUUUUGUAUGAUUCAUCAACAUUCAUGCAGAAAAUAAAAGGACUAAUGUCUCUA